GGAAAUUCAAUUUAUUUCAAAAUCAAUCAAUAAAUCCGAAACACCAUAUUUUCGGAAUUUUCAAUAUGCAAGGAAUGUCAAGUGAAAUUAUGUCCGAAUCAUUAUGUCUAGAUCAACUGGAAACCUCAAAAAGUGUAACAAAAGUUCAACCGCUCCCAGGUGUCGGAUUAUGGGAUGACUCGAAUGCCCUGCUCAAAGACUACAUCAACACCUUCUUCACCAAGAGAUCCACCAUUUUCCGUGUGAAACAACCAAUGCUCAGCCGGAAACGAGUCAUUGUACUGACUCCGGAUGAUAUUCUUUUGGUGUAUGAGACCAAUUGCACUGGCUACUCGUUCAAUGUUCAUGACGCGUUGAGAAUGAAAACUUCGUGUUUUGGAUUUUCCCGCGCCGAUAUUAAUAAAACGUAUACAAUAACUUUGAAAUAUAAAUUUGGAUAUGUCAACUUGGUUCUUGUCAAUGAGCAGAUUUCGGUUUGGAGAAGAACUCUGUCCACCAUCUACGAAAGUGGCCAGUUCGAUCAAAUUUUGUACAACGACCUGACACUUUACACAGCUAAAGAUGAAGAGACCGAUGAGACCCUUGUGAGCAAUAGAUCGGAUUUCGAGUACACCAACGAUGCAAUUAGUUUGAAGUCUGCCCAUGGCUACCUCAACCUCUCCCCAUCUGAACCUGACGCCACACUCGACCGAACUCAAACUGAGGAGAACUGCUCAAUGAACAUUAACUCUAACCGCUCGUCCACCUGCAUUGCUCCAACAAUCCGCUCAACCAUCUCCCGUGCUUCAGUCAUUUCCCUCCGCCAAAACCUGCUCGAAAGUCACCAAGCUCAUGCUCAAAAUGCUCCGGCUCUUCCUCAAGCCCCACCACCAAACUCGAUUCGUCAAGGAGCUCUUCGUGUAGCCUAUCUGGCGAAAAAGUUUGAGUGCAAGAAAUCUGGGAAGAAGUCGGAAAAUUCCGAGAAAAUUCGAUCCCCACCACUGGAAGUUCUGUUCCCGCCGCUACCGGUUCAACAACUGCAGGAGGAGGAUUUGAAGAGCUUGAAAAGCCUGAAAAGCCCUAGACUCUCCAAGCUGGAUUUUACUCCAUCGAAGAAAUCUAUGAAGGUAUCUAUGAAGAACAUGGAACUUGAUUCUUGAGCUUUAAGAGAGUAAUAAAUAAUUUUGAGUUAA